AUGAAGAGAUCCGUAGUGGAUAAGAAUCUUGGUCCUUUGGUGAAGACUGUGAUGACUCGUUGUAUUCAAUGUACAAGGUGUGUCAGAUUUGCAACGGAGGUUGCUGGGGUUCAGGACCUUGGCAUGUUAGGCCGUGGCAGCGGAGAGGAAAUUGGGACUUAUGUUGAAAAACUUAUGACUAGUGAACUUUCGGGAAAUGUGAUAGAUAUCUGUCCAGUGGGAGCUCUAACCUCAAAACCAUUUGCAUUUAAAGCUCGAAAUUGGGAAUUGAAGGGAACAGAGACCAUUGAUGUUACUGAUGCUGUUGGGUCGAACAUUCGAAUUGAUAGCCGAGGUCCAGAAGUCCUGCGCAUUGUUCCACGGUUAAAUGAGGACAUAAAUGAAGAAUGGAUAUCAGACAAGACUCGAUUUUGUUAUGAUGGUUUGAAGAGGCAGAGGUUAAAUGACCCUAUGAUUCGUGGUGCUGAUGGGCGCUUUCAGCCUGUGAGCUGGCGUGAUGCCCUUGCUGUAGUUGCUGAGAUGGCUCAUCAAGUUAAACCAGAGGAGAUUGUUGGGAUUGCUGGUCAGCUGUCUGAUGCUGAGUCCAUGAUGGCACUGAAAGACUUCUUAAAUAAAAUGGGUUCAAACAAUGUGUGGUGUGAAGGAAAUGGUUCAAAUCGUGAUGCUGAUCUUCGAUCUGGAUAUAUUAUGAACAGUAGCAUUGCUGGGCUUGAGAAAGCGGAUGCUUUUCUAUUGGUUGGUACCCAGCCAAGAGUAGAAGCUGCUAUUGUAAAUGCUAGAAUCCGGAAGACGGUGCAAGCUACCCACGCCAAGGUUGGGUACAUUGGCCCUGCAGCUGAUUUCAACUAUGAUCACGAGCAUCUUGGCACAGGCCCUCAAACACUUCAAGAAAUUGCUGAGCGUCGUCACCCAUUUUCCUCAGUCCUCUCAAAUGCCAAAAACCCUGCCAUCAUUAUUGGUGCUGGGGUCUUUGAGAGAAAAGACAAGGAUGCAAUUUUUUCUGCUGUUGAAACCAUUGCAAAGUAUGCUGAAGUUGUAAGGCCUGAUUGGAAUGGAGUCAAUGUACUGCUUCUCAAAGCUGCCCAGGCUGCAGCACUUGACCUUGGACUUGUGCCAGAAUCUGAAAACAGCAUUGAGUGUGCAAAGCUUGUUUACCUGAUGGGAGCUGAUGAUGUUAACUUGGAGAAGGUUCCAAGCGAUGCAUUUGUGGUUUAUCAAGGGCAUCAUGGGGACCGGGGUGUGUAUCGUGCCAAUGUCAUCCUUCCUGCAGCAGCAUUCAGUGAAAAGGAAGGGACGUAUGUAAAUACAGAAGGGUGCUCUCAGCAAACAGUACCUGCAGUUCCGACUGUCGGUGAUGCUAGGGAUGAUUGGAAGAUAAUUCGGGCUCUAUCUGAGGUUGCAGGUGUGCGGCUGCCAUAUGAUACACUAGGGGCCAUCCGAUCCCGGAUGAGGACAGUAGCACCAAACAUUUUGCAAAUAGACGAGAGAGAGCCAGCUACAUUUUCAUUUUCAAUUAAGCCGGAAUCCAAGCAAAAGUUGGAUUCGACUCCAUUUGGGACUGCCGUUGAGAAUUUCUAUAUGACUGAUUCGAUCACCAGAGCAUCAAAGAUAAUGGCACAAUGCAGUUCAAUGCUGUUGAAGAAGUGA